AUUUUACCUGACUGUAGGUACAGGUAGAUGAAAUCCGAGAGUUUAGAUUGUAUUGUGUUAUAGAAAUAGAUCAAUAAACCUAGGCCCGUCACGAUGUCGGUUUCAGUUCACGGGAUAGGACAUUUCUGUGAAGUUGAGUAAAUGGGUCAUCUAUUUAACUGAAGCCGGAUACACAAAAUUUGGAAAUACCCCCAUUUUUGUGUAGCUUUAUAAAGUGGUCAAAAGGACCAGUCUCCCUCCGAUGAGGAGGACCACUUUGGACGGGACCUGGUUGAAAUGGUACACGCCGGGUACAACAUAUCUAUAUAUGAUAAUACUAAAGAGGAACAUGUUGAGGAGAGGCGAGAGGCAGCACAUCAUCACCACGUCGAUGAAGAGGACGAAGAGGUUGAGCCUGAGGCCGGACUAUGCUGUUUGGGAGGAUGUCUGACAGGAAGUUCUCUUUGUCUCCUCUUGGUCAUCAUAUUUCCUGCCGGUAUUCUGCUGUCAAUAUAUGCCACUAAUAACAACCAGUACGAUGUCCUGGCCGCUGGUAUAAUUCUCGUGGCAUUUCCCAUAAUCACCAUUCCCGUAGUGAUAGCAGUUUAUCUCAACAGACGGCGCAUCAUGCGCAUCAGGAAGCGGAAAGUCUCCGAUGGCGAAUGUAAACCGAGCUCAAGGAAAUAUUAAUAUAAUUCCUUGAACAUAUCCGUAGAUUUCGGAACCAAGAACAGUGACGAACUACGACCGAAUUCUGGGUCCCAAUGGGUUAGAAACAAUAAUAUGAUCUUCUCAAGGAUCCACAUCAUUAAGUUCCGGUCAUCCGAUGAGAUAUUAUACAAACGCGUGUAUGUAAUUGUUAAGAUGUAAAUAUUUGUUAUUUAUUUGACUGCUCACAUUAUGUGCCAAAUAUGUUGUUAUUGGUUAAGAAUAGCGUGUUGAUAUAUCAUGCAGUGUGUCCUGUACUACAAUUAGACACAAAGGUUUCAAUUUUUAUGCUGUUGUAAACACCACCACUACUUCUUAGUCCCUGACAUAUACGAUUUAAUUUUAUUCAUGACUAGAUCUGAGAUUUCACUGCACGGAAUACAGUGAAUUGAUCGAAGGACAUUAAAUGGUACCACUUAUAUAGGUAUAAUACCAUAGCUGGGUUCGACCCAUAUGUUAUGACGGUUGUCGUCGGUGAAAUAGAGGACGCUAACUCCUCCGGAACGCCUGCUCCCUAUACGUUUUCAUGGGACUUGGUGUAUUUAGUUUAUUGUUUUACGUUUGUUUUAUCGAUUUUGAGUUAGAAUUACGGUUAUAUAUCUAUGCCUGUGUUCUCCUGUUAUUGCAAUAGAAAUUCAAGGACACGUGCAGUCGAUUUGAAAUCGAUAUUUUAAUGAUCUUUGACACGUUUUGUAUUGAUAAUAAUACAUUAUAGGUUUGUAAGUAUGUAACAGGUAUGUGGUAGACAGGUGGUAUGAUUUUAUAUCAGCUACAUUAAACCUAGAUACAGAAUACACCAUCACUAGUAUCAGUCGGAUACAACGCCACCACACAUAGUCAGCGGAAUGGACUGGAGAUGUCGGAUUAUAUUGACCCGGUAUAGCCAUAUCGAUCGUGGACUGCUACCCGUAGUCAGGUACCUACUUCCAGCAUGACAACCAAUCAUGGCUGAUGGCAGUAUCAUUAGGAGAGUUUUGUCCGUUGUUAUACAGCUAUAAUCUUGAGGAUUAUAUAUCGGUAUUCUAUAGGUUUUAGAGGAUUAUAAUGGGUGUUCUCCUGAGUAACGGGCCCCUCCUUAUCCCUAGGGUAUUAGUAUUGGAUGCUGGUCCACUGUGUUUGUCAGUGGGUGCUUUUAUAAUGUAAUAAGACAAUCUGAUGUAUGUAUGACAGGACAAGGUUUAUAGAUAUUUUUAAAGAUUAGACAUCAUUUUACAAAAUAUUGAAGCCUCUUAAUGACUAGAACCUUUCUCUGAAGAUCCAUUUACAGUCAUUUCUCUUCACUAAUUGAAGUACCAUUUUCAUUGCUCGCCCUUUUUACGCAACACCCUCAUAAUUAUUUUAACCAUUCUACAGCAUCCCAUCUCAUUC